AUGUCGAACAUUAGUGACACCACGUCGAUGUGUUUGAUGGAUAAUUUCCGAAUCGAUGUAUUUGUUUGGCAAAUAGGUGCCUUUCUAUUCCCUAUAUUCGGCAUACCUGGUCACAUCUUAAUCAUAUUAACCAUGUGCAAUUUAGAUCGACAACGAUUCCAUCCAACCUGCUUAUAUUACAUAUUCAUAGCCAUUUCCGAAACUAUCUAUUUGAUGUUCUUCUUUUGGGACUGGCUUGAUGCAGUGAAUCUGGCGCCAGAUCCACGAAAAGUCCUCAAUUGCGCUUAUUUCUAUCCAUUCGUUGGUAGUACAGCAUUGAUUUCGCUGAUUCUAAUCGCCCUAUUGAAUAUCGAUCGGGUACAUAUGAUCAUGUAUCCACAACGGACACAUUCCAAAAUAACAAACAAACGAGUGCUUAUCAAAAUCUUCUUAACGUACACAACAGCGAUUUUCUUCGUUAUUCACUAUCGAUAUUCGUUGAAAUACUAUGGAAAAGCAUUUGUUAUCUUUGGUCAAGCUUGUCAAGUACAUGAUUAUGCGCACGUUUGGUUUUAUUCCGUUUGGCCGUACAUCAAUUUGCUCUGUCGCCUUAUCCCAUGCUUAAUGAUUUUUACAUGCACUUCAUAUAUCUGCUGCAAUCGUUGUCAACAAAAACACGAUUCUCGAAUACGUCGUAAGCAACAAACGUCUUCUUUAUUGCUUGUCUUCGUCAGUAUUUAUACGCUUUUUGCCGUUUUACCAAUAACAAUCUUACAAUUGUUCAAUUUGAAAAUGAAAGACUUCGAAAGUGAUGAUCUCAAUUAUCAAUGCCGAAGAGAUGUUGAACAUCGAGCCGAACUAUGGAAAUUCCUCAACGCGCUGUUUAUUAUGUUGGAAGCGAGCACAUACAUGAAUAAAUUUUAUGUAAAAUGGCUCUUUUCACCCGAAUUCCGACGGAAUGUUAAACAAAUGGUUCGGUGUCGAUCUCUAUUUCCAUCACAUUCAAGAAAUUCUCUCUAG